CCAAACAUUUUAAGUGAAGCCCAAUUAAGAAACAGAGUUUACUCUUUACCAUAUAAACCCUCCCAUAUCGUAAACCCUAGCUUUCAUCAUCUUCAACGCCUCCGCCAGUCUUCCUCGGCGAUCUGAAUACAGUAAAGCUGAAAUGCCGUUCAAGAGGUACGUUGAGAUCGGGAGAAUCGCUCUCGUCAACUACGGAAAGGAUUAUGGAAGGCUUGUUGUCAUCGUCGAUGUUAUUGAUCAAAACAGGGCACUUGUUGAUGCUCCUGAUAUGGUAAGAGGCCAAAUGAACUUCAAGAGGUUGACACUUACAGACAUCAAGAUUGACAUCAAUAGAGUUCCAAAGAAGAAAACACUUGUUGCUGCUUUAGAAGCUGCUGAUGUCAAGAACAAGUGGGAGAGCAGCUCAUGGGGAAGAAAGCUUAUUGUUCAGAAGAAGAGGGCUUCACUCAAUGACUUUGACAGGUUCAAGAUUAUGUUGGCAAAGAUAAAGAAAGCUGGAGUUGUAAGGCAAGAACUAGCCAAGCUUAAGAAGGAGACAGCAUGAGAUAUGACUUUGGUUGUCUUUGUUCUUUUUUCUGAAUAUUAAGAUUUUGGUGUAGUUUUAUUUUAAUGUUAUUGAUGAAUUAUUUGUUGCUUAUGAUCUUGUGUUUUACCCUCAUUUACAAUGAAAUUAUAUUUCAUUUUUGGACUUC